CUGGCAAUGGUUCGAGCCUUACAUUGAAGAUGAUGAUUUUGCAGAAAUCUCUUCUCUUUCUUUUUGUGAAGCUUGACUUUGUUUUUCUGCAGGAAUUCUCUCCCUGCACAAAUGGGCGAGUGACAAAGGUGAGAGUGUUCACUCGCGAUCUUCUCUUGCAUCAGCAUUAUUUCGACACCAUCUUUCCAAGGAUACCGGUUCCAGUGGCGAGACAGAUCGCCAGCCGCCUGGAGCGGCUCAAGCUGCCCACCACUCCCCAAGGAACAACCGGCGGGUCGCCGGCUCCUCCCCGCGAAGAACGUCCAAACUUACCUGAAAGAGAAAAGAAAGAGUUUAUGAGCAAAUUGUAAAUGAGGAGACACUGCCGCUUAGAUUUCUGCGCGACCGUCGUAUUCUUGAGGAUCUAAUCGCCAACUUAUGCAAGCAUUUCUUG